AUGAUUGCGAUUGGACUGGAGGGGUCUGCCAACAAGCUCGGCGUGGGCAUCAUAUUCCAUCCCAAAAAUGGCGACCCCGCUCAGGUGCUUGCAAAUAUCAGACACACAUAUGUAUCGCCGCCAGGGGAAGGGUUCCUACCGAAAGAUACAGCCCACCACCAUCGCUCGUGGGUUGUUAAGCUGGUAAAGCAAGCCAUGAAACAGGCUAGGGUAACGGUGGACGAUGUCGACUGCGUUUGCUACACCAAGGGCCCUGGUAUGGGAGCCCCGCUUCAGAGCGCAGCUAUUGCCGCACGCAUGCUGAGUCUUCUAUGGGGAAAGGACUUGGUGGGCGUAAAUCAUUGUGUUGGACAUAUCGAGAUGGGUCGACAAGUAACCGGUGCCUUUAAUCCCGUUGUCUUAUAUGUCUCCGGUGGCAAUACGCAAGUUAUAGCUUAUAGCUCCAAGCGGUACCGCAUCUUUGGAGAAACACUAGAUAUUGCAGUUGGAAACUGUCUGGACAGAUUUGCACGCACAUUAAACAUCUCAAAUGACCCCGCACCGGGCUAUAACAUCGAACAACUUGCAAAAAAGGGCCACCGAUUAGUGGAAAUGCCCUAUGCUGUUAAAGGCAUGGAUUGCUCUUUCUCCGGAAUUCUAGCUCACCUAGAAGCUUUGGCAAUCUCGCUUGGGCUCGCCGGAAAAGAUGCUGCUGCUCUGGAUGAGUUGACUCAAGCAGAGACAAAUGGUAAGACCGACAACGGUGAUACAAUCACUAGGGCAGAUUUGUGCUUCUCGUUGCAGGAGACGUUAUACGCCAUGCUAGUUGAGAUCACUGAGCGAGCGAUGGCCCAUGUCGGUUCAAAAGACGUUCUUAUAGUUGGCGGCGUGGGGUGUAAUGAAAGGCUGCAGGAAAUGAUGUCUCUCAUGGCAAAGGACCGAGGCGGCCAUCUAUAUGCCACCGAUGAACGCUACUGCAUUGAUAACGGUAUCAUGAUUGCACAUGCUGGCUUGAUGGCUUAUAAACAAGGUUUCAGGACGCCACUUGAGGAUGCAACAUGUACUCAAAGGUUCCGGACGGACGAGGUUCUCGUUGAUUGGCGGGAUUGA